AUGGCUGCAUUUGAUUUCUGCUCGCCAGCUGAUAGUACUGUUGUUGCCGGGAGUGGAACUGGUACUAAUACACCUGUUAUUGCUAUUGAUGGUAAAAUUGAGCAGGCAAUGGACUUGGUAAAAACUCACCUGAUGUUUGCAGUACGUGAAGAAGUUGAUAUUUUAAGGGCAAAAAUUAUGGAAUUAGAAGCUACCAUUUUCCAACUGGAAGCUGAAAAUGCAAUCCUUCGCGAGCAUGUGCCGGUGGAAAUUUUAAAUAAAUUAAGUUUGCAAACGACACCGUCGAAUUCAACUACAACAGCUGCUGUUUAA